AUGUCAAGAGCAUCCCAGCCCGAGCUCAAAAAGUUUAUGGACAAGCGGCUGUUUGUCUACAUCCAAGGCGGAAGGAGGGUCUCGGGAGUCCUCCGGGGAUAUGACAUCUUCCUCAACUUGGUGGUCGAUGAUGCCGUCGAGGAAUCAGGGACAUCCGGCAAGAAACAUAUUGGCCAGGUGGUUAUCCGAGGCAACAGCGUCACCUCGAUGGAGGUACUGGAGGCAAUACGGUAG